UUCAAAAUGAUCACAAUGAAACGACGACAAGAAGAUUGCUAUAGUGUUUCUCAGUUCAACCGAUAGUAUUCAUAUGACGAACACCAUAAAAAAGAGAAACUUUGAAUCUAACGAGGAAAUAGGAUGCAACAUAUAAAGAAGCGGGGUAUACAUGAUGGAAGGUCUUUAUCGUCGUUACCCUAACACCCCAAUGGAAAAGUUACUUUACGUGAAACUUUCUUUCGCGACGACGAUAUCAACAAUCCCCUUAGUUUACAACGGGGGUUGUUCGACCGUUUUAAUGUCAGUCAGUUGUGAACCUUCAAAGGGAUAACAUGAAGACAAAAAUAGAAGCAAUAGACGUAACUGAAGCAAUGAAGUCGUUGCUAUGGAACAGACAAUUAUUGAAAUAUGUUGGAAUUUGGCCACUCGAGAUUUCUAAUGCUCUAUUUCUUUUUUUUUUCAUAUAUCUUUUCUUACAUUGUUCAUUUACAUUUGCCGAAUUGACACAUAGUAAACACGAUAUCGAAGUUAAUAUGGCAAUUUUCACCGAAAACGUAUUGCUCUUAAUGACGCUAACGAAAAUAACAACAUGCUGGAUGAAUAGACGAUCAUUAAGAAGUUUACUCGUCGAAGUAAAAAAUAAUUUCAUCGUCGACAAUUACAAUACUAUCGAGAAGAGAUUUAUAUUCAUGAAAUAUACCAAAUUGGCGAAAUAUUAUCUUUUAGUGGCAGUACCAACUAUGACUUUUGCAACAUCAUCUUAUUACAUUCGUGCUUUGUUGCCUAACGUGCAAAUGGCGAUGAGAAAUUCAUCAUUGAGUUACAAACUACCGUACAAAACACGAACCAUCGUCGAUAUACGCGACAUUAGGAUCUAUAUUUUUCUCUGUAUUUAUCAGAUGUUGGUAGUACCGAGUAUUGUAUUAGGUUUCGUUGGAUUUGAUUGUUUGUUCGCCAAUCUUUCAUUUCAUAUUACCGCACAAUUUGGAAUACUUAGUUGUAUGCUCAGAGAAAUUCUCGACGAUUCUAAUGCAUUUCAAUGUAAUAUAAGAGAACUUGUAUUACGGCAUUACAAAUUGAUAAGGCAAGCAAAAACAUUGGAAGAUAAUUUUAAUGUAAUAAUAUUGCAACAAUUAAUGGGAUCAACGUUUCAACUUUGUGCAUCUGGUUAUAAUACAAUUCUGAACUCUGUGAACAAAGAAGGAUUAACGUUAUUCAUAUUCUGUUUUUAUGCUACGAGCACAUUGUGUACAUUGUUUGUUUAUUGUUACAUCGGCGAGUGUCUAAUUCAGGAAAGUUUGAGCCUGAGCAAUGCAUUUUAUCGUUACGAGUGGUAUAACGUGUCACCAGUGAAUUUAAAAAUGGUUCAAAUUUGCAUGUUGCGAAUGAAGACACCACAGCAACUAACGUCCGGUAAAUUUUUCGUUCUAUCAUUGGCCUCGUUUACCGACAUUCUCAAAACUACGAUGGGAUAUCUGUCAUUACUGCGAACACUUCUGUGAAGAUUUUUUUGUAUUCUUUUUAGGUUCACUUAUUAAAGAGAACACUUUUAUUUCUUCUAUUAAUUAAACAUCGUUCUAAAUCAGUUGGUGCACUUUUUAUUAAAAAAAACAAAAAAAAAAAAAAAAGAAAAACAAACAAAACGAAAAAAAAAAGAAGAGAAAGAAAGACAAAUAUCCGUUUCAUUUUUUUUUCAUACUUUCUUUUUUCGCGUUAAUCCAACAUCAUUUCUUUUUUGCGAAUAUUAAUAUAAAUUAACGUGCAUUAUUUAAUAAUAGACAAAAUUUUUGAACUUUACGUCGAUCGUGAUAUCUCAAACGGAAAUCUUGUCGUGUAUA